AUGAGCAAUCGUUUUCUAGCAUUGGCACUUUUGUUAGCCUUCAGGGGAGCUUACUCUUUCUCACCAACGAGACAGAGUGUUGCUCGCCUGCAGACAAGAAGGUUGGAGGUGUCUGGAAGAUCAACUCUUAUGCUGUUCGAAACAGAAGAAUCUCAAGAGACGUCAGAAUCAAAUGGGGAUGCAGUCAAGGCCUCGCUGGAAGAAAAAAUGAAGAACUGGGAAGCUACCGAAGAAGAGGUCAAAGCUGCUACACUCGGCGGGGUCGUCCCUGAGCGAGCGGAUUCGUUUGAUUUGGGUCUAUACGUGGCGUUUCCCUUCAUGAUCAUUGGAUGCUUGCUAUUUUUGGCGUUUCCGUUACUUGCAGACAAAAUUGAUGUAUCCAGUGUGGGGCCUCCGCCAACGAGCUAA